AUGGCUUCAGAAAAAAAUGUAACAAUAUCUUCAUUAUGGCCCAUAUAUCAGCAGUUAAAAUUACAAUUUUAUAAGCAGGCAAAUGAAAGUCAUUCACAAAGUGUAUCUAUUAAUGAAGAAGCUGAAAAUAAUUCAACUCCCUUGUUUCCUGACUCGCAAGAAAGUAUACUCGAUAAUCAACCUACGCUAGAAGAAACUUCAGACUUCUUUUCUCAGAUAAAUGAUAAUUCUACAGAAGAUUGUGAAGAGGAAAUUUUAAGUCAAACAUUAAUUCAAGAAUUAGAAAAUGUUGAACAAUUGGUAUCUGAUGCUAUAUUUGGAAAACUUUCUAAACGUUUCAAUGAAAAUAUUAGAACCAAACAAUAA